AACCAGACUUGUCACUUUUAUGGCUCGACACCGCAGAUCAAUCUCUUCCCCCAAUUUCUAUUAUUAUUAUUAUUAUUAUUAUUAUUUUGUUUUUUAAUAUCACGACCAUUUCCGCUUUGGGCCGUGGAGCAGCAGCAGCAGAGCGGAGGAAGAAAGCCGGAGGAAGAAGACGAAGCAGCAGCUGCAGUAGAAGACCAAUCGAUGAAAGCCAACGCGAGGAAGGAUGGCAAUGGAGGAGCGGGAAACGGUGGUGCUUCGCCGCCGCUUACUCUCCUCCCCUGCUUCGAACUGAAAGCCUUCUUCGCCACUCUCGUCGUCCUCACCCUCGUCAUGGCCGUGUGGCAGCUGCAUCCCUACGAGUUGCUUCUUGACUCCCGCUCCGCCGUUUGCCCUCUUACCGCCACCGCCGCCGCCGUCCGUCUCCACAAAUCGGUGCUCUCCUUAGGCAUCGAUUCCUCUCCCAACCUCACCGCCUUCACGAAUCCGGCACCAAAAUCGAAACUUUCCGAUCUGCCUCCGAGAGCUCCGGCGAAGGACCCCAACAAGCGCGUUUUCCAGGCAUACGGAAGCGCCGCGGCGCUUUUCGUCCUCAUGGGGGCCUACCGCGGCGGCCCCGCCACCUUCGCCGCCGUCGGCCUGGCCUCCAAGCCUACUCACGUCUACGGCACCCCCUGGUUCAAAUGCGAGUGGGUGCCCAACGCAAACGCCUCCGCCGCCUCCCCUCCGCAUCCCGUCCGCGCGAAGGCCUACAAAAUGCUCCCCGAUUGGGGGUACGGCCGCGUCUACACUGUCGUCGUCGUCAACUGCACCUUCCCCUUCAACCCGAACGCCGACAACGUGGGCGGGAAGCUCCUCCUCCACGCCUACUACUCCGUCAAGUCCCGGCGGUACGAAAAGGUACUGGCUUUGGAGGAAUCGCCGGGCUCCUUCGAUGAGGCACGCUUCCGGCCGCCGUUUAAGUACGAGUAUCUCUACUGCGGCUCCUCCCUCUACGGCAACCUGAGCGCCACCCGCAUCAGGGAGUGGAUGGCCUACCACGCCCACUUCUUCGGCCCCAGCUCCCACUUCGUCUUCCACGACGCCGGCGGCGUUGGGCCGGAGGUGCGUGCGGUGCUGCAACCGUGGGUAGCGGCGGGCCGAGCGACUGUUCAGGAUAUCCGGGGACAGGCGGAAUACGACGGCUACUACUAUAACCAGUUCCUAGUAGUGAACGAUUGCUUGCACCGGUACCGGCACGCCGCCAAUUGGACCUUCUUCUUCGACGUGGAUGAGUACAUCUACCUUCCGGAUGGGACGUCGCUCGACGCUGUGCUGCGCAACCUCUCCCACUACACUCAGUUCACCAUUGAGCAGAAUCCAAUGUCGAGCAAGCUCUGUGUGCUCGACCAUGGCAAAAACUACUCCCAGGAGUGGGGCAUCGAGAAGCUAGUCUUCCGGAACUCAAUCACCGGCAUAAGGAGAGACCGGAAAUACGCAAUUCAGGCAAGGAAUGCAUAUGCCACUGGUGUCCACAUGUCUGAAAAUGUCAUUGGCAAGACGACCCACAAGACAGAGGAUAUGAUCCGGUACUACCACUACCACAAUUCCAUCAACGAGCUAGGUGAACCUUGCCGGGAAUUUGUUCCGAUGCCACCUCCUGGGAACGUGACAUGGUUCGAGAAGAUCCCCUAUAUUUACGACGACAACAUGAAGCGUCUCGCAAACACAAUCAAGAACUUUGAGAAGCAAACCAUUGGUGCCAUUCAGAAAUAGUGCAGCAGCAAUGAUCAGUGCAGUAAACCAUAACCAUGUACAGGCACAUGCAUUCUUUGGGAUGUUACCGAGUAUUCUUCUUUAAGCGCUCUCUUUCCAUUGUGAAAU